AUGCUAUCUACUUCGGUCGACGGUGCUACGAGUAAGGCCGACGACAGUCUCACUACGGAUCCUGAUAUCAUAAAGGGACCAACUGAGAGCCAUGUACUGUCUCAAGUGGAACAGGAUGAGAAAGGCCUCUCGCAACAAUCUGGCGAUACAGCGGAAAUUACCAAUAUCGGAUGGGGUGAAUCUCCAGAUGCCAUCGAGGAACCUUUAGUGGCCGGAGUGUCAAAUGAGGAUUUGUGGAUGCUUAUUAGACGAUUCGACAAGGUUUACGUCUUAUCAUGGCUGCUCGAUCUACUCGUUCCAACUAUGCUGGCCGUCCUACUUGCUCUGGUGGUCUACCCACCAUGUCGAUCACUUAUGUUCCCUCCCGCUCCGAUUUCUCUUGUCAAUAAAGAUACAGGUGGUGUACAAAAACCAAAGGCUGGAAUCCUUGGAUCUGAUGACAGUAUCACCGGGGCCCCCGAGAAAUUCAAGGGCGAGGCAGCCGAGCAGGAGGCCAGUAAUCUUGUCGCAAGCGUUGCCAGUGUGGCUGUGGGAAGCGCAGUCGGAAAGCAUGAUCAGGGGGUCCCUGAUGAUGCACCUUUCGAAGACGAUGUGCCAGACGCGAUGGAUAUUGUUGCCAAUACUGCCGAUGCGCAAAGCGCCGCCCAUGGAAAGGUGCCGACUGACUCCCAUGACAAAACACGACAGCCUAUGAAACAGAGCGUGAUGGAAGCUGCGAACUCUUCAAUGCAGGUGAUAGGCGAUAUUACAGAUACCUAUGAGAAGUUGGGCAAUGCUCUAUCCGCCACGGCUCCGUUUCCCCAGCUGACUCCUCGACUGCGCCUGGUAGCUUUGCUGGGACCAGCAUUGCUAGCCUCGAUGAUGACAUCUUGCUAUGUUUUUAUGAAGCUCAGUACACUCUUGGUUGGGCUCACCUUCUUUGGAGAUCCUGUCAUUAGACGAGGGGUUGUAUAUCUAAAUCGCCGCCUCCCGAAUUGGCAGAAGCUUAUUCAAUUGCAAAAUUCCCUUCUGAAAGGUAUACCAACAAAUGCUCAGCUGGCCCUUACUCUUCUCCGCAUCGGCGAGGCGAAUGCGUCACCACUUCCACCCCCUCCAACCUCACAAGACAAAGUGCCCUCACGGCCAGCUUCUUUAAAUCAGGAGGAAAUCACCUUAGGUGCUACUGGUGAGGAAAUAAAACAGGCUGCACUGGUUAAGCCCGAGGACCAUGCCCAGGAGGCCCAAGCUUCACCAGAGAAGAGCCAGAAAAGAACAUUAGGAUCUAGUAUCCUAGGCUUCUUUCGAGGAACCACAGCCAGUGGUGUCGAGAGCAAACGAGGGGUUGAUCGCUUGCGAGCAGCAAUCGGUUCACACCAUGCUAAGAAUCGUGUUGGCGUCCUACGUGACAGAGGGAAGAGGAUAACACCAAGUGGGCCUGUUGUAUUUGACGCUCGAUGCAAAGGCAAGCGCGGCACUGUGAUUAUCGACUCAACCAAGGAGCCUCCGCUGCUGUACUUCACGACCGAUACACCACAGAGUGGAGAUGCACAGUUGGAGAAUCGCAAGAAUGGAUCUGUUUUGUUCACUAUGCCGGUGACUGAUAUCCAGGAGAUGCGAAAAUUGGGCGGUAUGGGAUGGAAAGGGAAAUUGGUUGUUGGUUGGGCUCUUGGAGGCAAGGAGGUGGUUGAUGGUUUGCUUAUCACUGGCAAGAAGCCAGGGCAGUCAUAUCAGCUCACUGCCAUGGGGACGAGGAACCAAUUGUUUAAUCGGCUUAUUGCCAUAGACAGACAGGUUUGGGCGACCUGUUGA